UCCUCGUUUCUGCUUCGGGAAGGCCGGUGGGUUAGGGUGAGGGCACAGAACGUCUUCUCAGGACGCUCGUACCGGCCGUGCCGAAGCUGUUUGCGCUGUGUGCGCCACCCUCCUGCAAUGCUGUGUCCCCCGGCAGACGGGACGGAAGGUUCCUGCCUGGGGCUCCGGGGCAGCUGCAGCACGAGAGCUUGGCGCUGAGCGGGCCGUGGCGGCGAUGCACGGCGUGGGGCCGCAGUCAGCUCAGCGAUGCCCCUUUGUCCAGGGAGAGGUGGCGUUCAGAGACACGAGAAUUAACCGUCUGGGCUGCUCCCGGGGCUCAAGGGGGGUCUCUUUCCCCAGUUAAUGCUUGUGCUGUACGGUACUCCGGAAGAACGAACGACUCGGUCUCCUGGCCCCACGAUCCUUCCCUCGUGACCACGCUUUCCCCGUGUCCUGUACUACUUCUGUGCUUCUGAGGUGGCACCAGGUCCAGGGACAUCCUCCUCGCCACGCUUUUCUUUGGGAUCUCAUCUCCGCCAGUUCUUCGUAUCCCUCUUUGGAUGACGUGGAAGCAGGGAGGGGCACCUUGGACUUUAAGCAGAUUAUCCUGAAGUGCGGUGCAUGCUGUGGUGAAACGCGGAGUGGCUCUGAGCAAUGGUACCAGCAUGAUAUCGUUGAUCAUUCCCCCCAAAGACCAGAUCUCGCGAGUGGCAAAAAUGUUAGCGGAUGAGUUUGGCACUGCCUCCAACAUUAAGUCUCGAGUGAAUCGCCUUUCAGUACUGGGAGCCAUCACGUCUGUACAACAAAGACUCAAACUCUAUAACAAAGUACCUCCAAAUGGUCUGGUUGUUUACUGUGGAACAAUUGUGACAGAAGAAGGAAAAGAGAAGAAGGUCAACAUCGACUUUGAACCUUUCAAACCAAUCAAUACAUCGUUGUAUUUGUGUGACAACAAAUUCCACACAGAGGCUCUUACAGCGCUGCUCUCUGAUGACAGCAAGUUUGGCUUUAUUGUAAUAGAUGGUAGCGGUGCCCUCUUUGGAACUCUUCAAGGAAACACAAGAGAAGUCUUGCACAAAUUCACUGUGGAUCUUCCAAAGAAGCAUGGUAGAGGAGGUCAGUCUGCCUUGCGUUUCGCUCGUUUGAGAAUGGAAAAACGACACAACUAUGUAAGGAAGGUAGCAGAGACGGCUGUGCAGCUGUUCAUUUCUGGUGACAAGGUGAACGUGGCUGGUCUCGUUUUAGCUGGAUCAGCAGACUUCAAAACUGAAUUAAGUCAAUCUGACAUGUUUGACCAGCGGUUGCAAUCCAAAGUGCUCAAACUAGUUGACAUUUCCUACGGAGGAGAAAAUGGAUUCAAUCAAGCAAUUGAAUUGUCAACUGAGGUCCUCUCCAAUGUGAAAUUCAUUCAAGAGAAGAAACUAAUAGGACGAUACUUCGAUGAAAUCAGUCAGGACACGGGGAAGUACUGUUUCGGCGUUGAAGAUACACUAAAAGCUUUGGAAAUGGGAGCAGUAGAGAUACUGAUAGUCUAUGAAAACCUGGAUAUAAUGAGAUACGUUCUGCACUGCCAAGGCACGGAGGAGGAGAAGAUCCUGUAUUUGACACCCGAGCAGGAGAAGGAUAAGUCCCACUUCACAGACAAAGAGACUGGCCAAGAACACGAACUGAUAGAAAGUAUGCCCCUUCUGGAGUGGUUUGCAAACAACUACAAGAAAUUUGGAGCAACAUUGGAAAUUGUUACAGAUAAAUCACAGGAAGGAUCUCAAUUUGUGAAAGGAUUUGGAGGAAUCGGAGGUAUCUUGCGGUACCGAGUGGACUUCCAGGGAAUGGAAUACCAAGGAGGAGACGAUGAAUUUUUUGACCUUGAUGACUACUAGGUAGUCGACCUGGGUCCGGCAAAACGUGCCUCGCCCCUCCAGCAUCCAACCCAAGGAGCAAACUCAUGGUGGAAAACACAACAGAUCCCUGCCUUAGAAUUGGAACAUUUCCAGAACUUGAUCCACAAACAUUGGAUUUAAAAAAGCAAAACCCUACACUUUGAUUUGUCAUAGUGUCAGUACAGCAGCAAACUACUAAGUUCCUAUAUGCCACUUCGGACUAAUUUAAAAAGAAUCCCAGUUUUUACUUUUACUCAAUGGUGAAAUUGGUUGCUCUUGUAUUUUAUGGAAAUGAUUUUUUUAACCUUCAUGAUACAUUAACUGCUGUAAACCUCUUCCUUCAAAAAUUAAUAGAAGUAAGAUCCUACUGGUUUGUUUCUUUUUACUUUGAUUGGAGAAAUCAAUUGCUGCAUUUUGCAGCAAUGUGACCCAUUUACAUGGCACUCUCAGCUUAGACUGCAGAAGAAGAAAUGUAACGAAAUUGGAGCCAUUCAUUCUCUUCAAAAGAAUGAGAAAGCACUUACCUAGAGUGCUAGCUUAUAAGGUGUGGCUUGCAAAUUCAGAUGGUUUGGGGAGGCUUACCAGCCAAAUGUGCUUUAAUCUAUUUGCAGAAGCACUGCUCGUACAAACUAGGAAAUGCACUUCAUUGAUUGUGAUGAAAAUGCUGCUGUCUUGGGCUUAAUUGGAUUUGAGCAGUGCAGCCUUCAGGUUUUUUUUCAGUGUUGACAAAAAUAAACAUACAAUUUAAGUGAAGUAAGGUACAUUUUGUUUUGUUCCUCAGUCUUUUUUUUUUUUUUUUUUGCUUUAGGACUGCGUAAGGUUUCCUUGAUUAUGUGAAUUUGAUUGAACCCACAGUUCUUUAAUGGAAAGCGGGUAUUUUUUACAGGAAUAAUUAGUAAGUGGAGCCCUUGACUGAAACCUUAGUACUGGUGCAUUUGGUGCCCUUGAUACUAGUAUGUUGAAUGUUAGCACAACCCACUGGGAUGUCCAUCUCCCAGCACUAAGGAAGUCUGUUGUAGUGGCUCACAAUUGUCCUGUAAAUCUGAUGCCUGAACUCUAAGGCACCCUUAAUGGGUUAAAACUUCUGGUUGCAUCAAGACUCAGUUUUUUGUCAUGCCCGCUAUAUAGAAUGCGUUUCAACCUACUAGAAAUGGCUAAGGGUUUUUCAGAUGGUCUUGCAGGCGGAGGAUGAAUUUAGCACUGGCAUGAGGUAAUGCACAAGUCUUGCUUCUUUUUCAGGGUUAUUGGGUUCUCCGAUGGGCGCUUUGACAUCUUAGUGCCCGGGAGUCCUGGUCUUCGCUGGCUCAUCACUCCGGGUGCAUCAGUCAAAAGCAGCCACUGUUGCUAGUUGCAUACCUGUCCAUUUUUUUUCCAAUAAUCCUGUUUCACUUGAAUGGAGGUGGAGCUUGUCUUAACCUUCUGCCACGCUGUUCUUUGAGGUCCAAAAUUACUGUCAUUGUGAGCAAUACAAUUUGUAACCCUGGUUUAUAACCUGGCAGAUGGCUUUGCUGUUGUUUUCACAUCAAAGCUGGAAUCUCUCACGGAAGGUGUGACUGGGUCUGCCGCAGAUGUGCACAAACCCAGGUUUGAGCAUGUUUGCGGUCUUCAAAGCGGUAUGUUCUGGAUUUUGCCAUUGUAAAUGGGUCUAAUGUGACAUGACAAGACCAGAAAAAUUGGAUGUAAAUUUACAUUUUUGAAUAUACUGCUUGUUGUUUCACAUGAUACAUUAGGGUAUGCAGCUCCUUUUUGUAGUUUUUAUUUUUACUAUUUAAGUUUGGAAAUGAUGCCAAAUUUUUGUAUUUCUUUAAUCAAUGUGUUCUCUUCAGUGAUAUAUAUUGCAUUAUAUAUUGAUGUGUAUAUCAAUAUAUACUGAUAUGUAUUACACUUACACAUACAAACACGUUAAAUGGGGGUGAAAAAUCCUAGCCUUUGCAUACUAUAUAGCCUCUGCAGAGAGAUCCCAAGCAGUGAUAUCUUGGUGUUGUGAUGUACAGAAAUGGAGAAGAGUAUUAAACCAUAUUUAAGAAUAUA